CCAGCGCCAGAGCACAGCGGUCUCGCGAGAGCCGCGGCGCCAGAGCCAACAUGGCGGAAGAGGAGGUGGCCAAGCUGGAAAAGCACCUGAUGCUCCUCCGCCAGGAGUAUGUGAAGCUGCAGAAGAAACUUGUGGAUACAGAGAGGAGGUGCAACGUUCUGGCUGUGGAGGCCAACCAGGACAAUGCCAGUGACACCUUCAUCAGUCGGCUCCUGGCCAUUGUAGCUGAGCUCUACCAGCAGGAGCAGUACAGUGAUCUGAAGAUAAAGGUGGGGGACAAGCACAUCCAUGCUCACAAAUUUGUCUUGGCGGCGCGCAGCGAUACCUGGAGUCUUGCCAACCUUGCCUCAACAGAGGAGCUGGAUCUGUCAGAUGCUGACCCAGAGGUAACCAUGGCAAUGCUGCAGUGGAUCUACACAGAUGAACUUGAGCUGAGAGAAGAUGAUAUCUUCUUGACAGAGCUCAUGAAAUUAGCUAAUAAAUUUCAGCUCCAACUGCUUAGGGAAAGAUGUGAAAAAGGAGUUAUGUCACUCGUUAAUGUCAGGAACUGCAUCCGUUUCUAUCAGACUGCUGAGGAGCUCAGUGCCAGCACGCUCCUCAACUACUGUGCUGAGAUCAUUGCCAGCCACUGGGAUGACUUGCGUAAAGAAGACUUCAGCAGCAUGAGUGCUCAGCUAUUGUAUAAAAUGUUCAAGUCAAAGACAGAAUAUCCUUUGCAUAAGGCCAUUAAAGUUGAGAGAGAAGAUGUAGUCUUUUUGUAUCUCAUUGAAAUGGAUUCUCAGCUUCCUGGGAAGCUCAAUGAAUUGGAUCACAAUGGAGAUCUUGCUCUGGAUCUAGCCCUGGCCCAAAGACUGGAGAGUAUUGCAACUACAUUGGUCAACUACAAGGCUGACGUAGAUAGGGCAGACAAGAGAGGCUGGAGCCUGCUCCAUAAAGCCAUCCAGAGAGGAGAUAAAUUUGCUGCAAACUUUCUCAUUAAAAAUGGUGCCCGUGUGAAUGCUGCUACCCUGGGAGAUCAGGAGACUCCUCUGCACCUUGUGGCAUCUUACAGCCCCAAGAAACACUCACCAGAUGUCAUGGCAGAGAUGGCACAGAUUGCACAGUCCCUCCUGCAGGCAGGAGCCAAUCCAAACAUGCAAGACAGCAAAGGCAGGACCCCGUUACACGUGUCCAUUGUGGUCAGGAAUGAGCCUGUGUUCAGUCAGCUCCUGCAGUGCAAGCAGCUAGACUUGGAGCUGAAGGAUCAUGAAGGAAGCACAGCUCUGUGGCUUGCAGUCCAGUAUAUCACUGUAUCAUCUGAUCAGUCUGUGAACCCUUUUGAGGAUGCCCCUGUUGUGAAUGGAACCUCAUUUGAUGAGAACAGUUUUGCAGCAAGGUUGAUCCAGCGAGGCAGCAAUACAGAUGCUCCAGACACAGUAACAGGAAACUGCUUGCUUCAGAGAGCAGCUGGUGCAGGAAAUGAGGCAGCUUCUCUCUUCCUAGCAACUCAUGGAGCAAAAGUCAACCACCAAAACAAAUGGGGAGAAACCCCACUGCACACAGCCUGCAGGCAUGGCCUAGCAAACCUGACAGCAGAACUCCUGCAGCAAGGAGCCAAUCCCAACAUCCAGACUGCAGAAGCAGUGCUUGGGCAGAAGGAUGCAUCUGCUCCUCCAUCAGCAGAGAACGUUCAUCUGCAGACUCCCCUUCACAUGGCUAUUGCUUACAAUCACCCAGAUGUGGUGUCAGUCAUCCUAGAACAAAAAGCUAAUGCUCUUCAUGCUACCAACAACUUGCAAAUUAUUCCUGACUUCAGUCUAAAGGACUCAAGAGACCAGACUGUGCUGGGAUUGGCUCUUUGGACAGGUAUGCACACAAUAGCAGCUCAGCUGCUUGGAUCUGGGGCAUCCAUCAAUGACACCAUGUCAGACGGACAGACGCUCCUACACAUGGCAAUCCAGAGACAGGACAGUAAGAGUGCCCUCUUCCUGCUGGAACAUCAGGCAGACAUAAAUGUCAGGACCCAGGAUGGAGAGACAGCCCUACAGCUGGCCAUCCAAAACCAGCUGCCACUCGUGGUAGAUGCCAUUUGUACCAGGGGAGCAGACAUGUCUGUGCCAGAUGAGAAAGGAAAUCCUCCUUUAUGGCUUGCCUUGGAAAACAACCUGGAAGAUAUUGCAUCAACUCUGGUUAGGCAUGGCUGUGAUGCAACGUGUUGGGGGUCAGGACCAAGUGGCUGCUCACAAACCCUUCUCCACAGAGCUAUUGAUGAGAACAGUGAACAGAUUGCUUGCUUCCUUAUCCGCAGUGGGUGUGAUGUGAAUAGUCCCAGAAAGCCAGGCCCAAAUGGAGAAGGAGAAGAGGAAGCCCAUGAUGGACAGACACCCCUGCACUUGGCAGCCUGCUGGGGACUAGAGGAGGUCAUCCAGUGCCUUCUGGAGUUUGGUGCCAAUGUCAAUGCUCAGGAUGCAGAGGGAAGAACUCCAAUCCAUGUUGCCAUUAGCAACCAACAUAAUGUUAUCAUUCAGCUGAUGAUUUCCCAUCCAGAUAUUAAGCUGAAUGUGCGUGACAGGCAAGGAAUGACUCCCUUUGCUUGUGCCAUGACAUAUAAGAACAAUAAAGCAGCUGAAGCAAUUUUGAAGAGGGAACCAGGAGCUGCAGAACAGGUUGAUAAUAAAGGUCGGAAUUUCCUCCAUGUGGCUGUUCAGAACUCAGACAUCGAGAGUGUGCUGUUCCUGAUCAGUGUGCAGGCCAAUGUCAACUCCCGGGUCCAGGACGCCUCCAAGCUGACCCCGCUGCACCUGGCAGUGCAGGCUGGCUCGGAGAUCAUCGUGCGCAACCUGCUGCUUGCAGGUGCCCAGGUGAAUGAACUGACCAAGCACCGUCAGACUGCUCUUCACUUAGCAGCCCAGCAAGACCUGCCCACCAUUUGUUCAGUCCUUCUGGAGAAUGGAGUGGACUUUGCAGCUGUAGAUGAAAAUGGAAAUAAUGCUCUGCAUCUGGCAGUGAUGCACGGUCGUCUGAACAAUAUCCGGGUCCUCCUCACAGAGUGCAAUGUGGAUGCAGAAGCCUUUAAUAUCAGAGGCCAGUCACCAAUGCAUAUUUUGGGACAGUACGGGAAAGAUAAUGCAGCAGCCAUCUGUGACCUCUUCUUGGAGUGUAUGCCAGAAUACCCUCUAGACAAACCUGAUGCUGAAGGAAACACAGUGCUCCUCUUGGCUUACAUGAAGGGAAAUGCUAACCUGUGCCGUGCAAUAGUGAGAGCUGGGGCUCGCCUGGGAGUUAACAAUAACCAAGGAGUCAAUAUCUUCAACUAUCAGGUUGCUACAAAACAGCUUCUCUUUAGAUUGCUGGAUAUGCUGACAAAAGAACCUCCCUGGUGUGAUGGCUCCAACUGCUAUGAGUGUGCUGCCAAAUUCGGAGUCACGACAAGAAAGCAUCACUGCCGACACUGUGGACGCCUGCUCUGCCAUAAGUGCUCAACAAAGGAGAUUCCUAUCAUAAAAUUUGAUCUGAACAAGCCAGUUCGAGUUUGCAACAUCUGCUUUGAUGUCCUGACUCUGGGAGGAGUCUCCUAGUAUGCUGUGGAAGUAAAGGGAUUCCCAGUCAGUGCUCCUGACAGCAGCUGUGCUUACAAGCCCUCUGGAUAGGGAAGAGGAGGCCUAUACACAUCUUCUGCAAUAGACUGAACUAAUUAAGGACCCUGUUCUGAUAUACUCUGGUAUAAAUGAUUUUGUAUGACUGUAAAUGUAUCAGGCUGUGAUAGACUUCACUAGGAAUCAAGAGUGGAUUGUUCAAACCAAGUGACAAAAGAAUUUAGACCCUCUUCUAGUUGCAGUGGGGUAUGGAAGCUGAAAUUUAUACUGAUUGAAUCGGCAUAAAACAGGUCUGUCCUCAACAUGGUGCUUUGCACUGAGCAACUCUAUUAAGUCCUGUGGCUUUCAGGUGGCUUAGUAGAGAUGGUAUUAAGUUUCAGGGUAACCAGGUAUCUUUCUUUGCUUUGUCUUAAAGAUAAAUGUUCCCCUUCUCUAGAGAAGACUUUUUGUGAAGCUAAAUGGAGCUGUUGCAACCACUGUUCAAGAAACUCUUCAGACCCGGGGUAGUUCUAAGUAUAGCUCAAGAAUUGUGGCCUUACAACAGAAAGCUUUACAACAUCUGAUGCAAAGCAGUCAGAAUUGCAGAUCCACAUCCUGAUACCUCCUCAGCAAAUGACUCAUUAGCUUUAGCAUGUUCAAGAGAAGUGCAAGAUUGUUUUAGGAAAUGCUCUUGCUCGUAUCUGCUGGAACUGUCAGUCUUCAUUGCACUUUCAUAUUUGCAUUGCUGGUCCUUCAGUUCAUGGCACUUGCAUAAAUGACCAUGAGUUUGCUGGGAGGCCUGAGCAUGUGCUAAAGGAGGAACACUAAAACUGGUGAAGUCUAACUCACAGUACAGCAAUAAAUGCUGAAGUGCAUUAGGAAUCCCAGGAGGGAGAGGAACACCUUCCUGGGGCUCCAGGGGCCUGGUGACUGCUGUGGGAGAGUCAGUAACCCUACCAAGUGUAGAAUGUGCUGCACCUCUAGACACUAAACUUGGGUCCAUUUUCAGUAGGAUUGCUGGUGAGUGGAAGUGUACCUGGAGGCUUCCUGUUAAGAGUAAGCUGCAGUAUUUUAAUCUAGGCUGGUUGUACUCUCUUAAACAUGCUGAAUCUGUGGAAACCUACCACCACAUUGUCUAGGUAAACAGGAAAGUUCUUGGCUGGUAGACCAGCUUGUGAUUGGGUGGGCAAAGGCUUCAGUUAGAAAAAAAUGGGUACUUAAGCAAAACUACAUGCCAUGUUAAGGCUGUUUUUAUUUCAAGAGAUAAAGCUAGUAUAGGCUCAAUUCAGCAUUCCUCAUCUUUACUCCAUGAAUCGGUGUGCAUUUUUUAAUGACUGUUAUCUCUGCUGAACAGUACGGACAGGUGAAGACUUGUUGCCCUGUUUGGAGCAGAGACCUGUUGGUCUUAAAGAGCAAGAUGAGAUGAUGAACCAGACUGCUGCUGCUAUGGGACACUUGCUCAGUUUUUCUCAAGCUUGUACAAGGAGAGGAUAGGAGAGGGUGUAAUUGCUGACAUUUGUAUGAUUCAUUUCACAUCAAGUCUCGCUUCAUCUGCACUUUGAUCUCCCAAUAUGCAUUAUGUUGUAACUGGAAUCACCCCUGUACCACUAGGGAAGAACCAUGGAUGACAAUACAAACUUGCCUCACUGUUGGA